CGGGUGCUUCCAUCUUCUCGUCGGAGUCUCAUCGGACUGAAUCAUCGUAACUUCAUCAAUUCACUUCGGUGGAAACUGAACUGCACAAUCGAAUUUACGAUUCUCUGAAAGGAGACACUUGAGUCAAGGUUUCGUUGUUUCUUUAGGAGAAUGGAGGACAUAGAUAACAUAGAGGAAGAUGAGUAUGGGUUCUCAAGAAACUAUUUUCUGGCUAAAGAGUUGGGUGGGUCAAGCAAGAAGUCAGCGCGUAAGCUAUCUGAUAUUAACAUUGUUGAUGAACAGGAACUUAGAGAAACAGCGUUUAAUAUUGAAACGAAGCACGAGAAAGAGAUUGAUGAGAUUUUGGAUGAUUACAAGACUAAGUAUCCGAAGUGGGUCUUUGAACUCAGGUGUGGCUUUGGUCUUCUAAUGUAUGGAUUUGGAUCUAAAAAAGCUUUGAUUGAAGAUUUUGCUUCAUCUUCGUUGACUGAGUAUUCCGUUGUUGUAAUCAAUGGCUACCUUCCUUCAGUAAAUCUAAAGCAGGUUCUUUUGGCAAUAGCUGAACUUCUGUCUGAGCUGUUGAAAUCUAGAAGAAAGAGUUCUGGGACUCCGGCUAAAGGUCAAGAAGCAUUACCUUCACGCUCCAUUGAUGAUAUACUUUCCUUUCUACAUGGCUCACAGUCCGAAGACAAAGACUGCUUCAUAUGCGUUGUUGUUCAUAACAUUGACGGCCCUGCUUUAAGGGAUUCUGAGUCACAGCAAACUCUCGCCCAACUUGCUUCCUGUUCACAUAUACGCAUUAUUGCCUCUAUUGACCAUGUCAAUGCUCCCUUAUUGUGGGACAAGAAAAUGGUGCACAAACAGUUUAACUGGCUAUGGCACCACGUUCCAACAUUUGCACCAUACAAGGUCGAAGGUGUAUUCUUCCCACUGGUUCUUGCACAGGGAAGCACAGCCCAAACCGCUAAAACAGCGGCCAUUGUCUUACAGAGUUUGACACCAAACGCUCAGAACGUCUUCAAGAUUCUCGCUGACUACCAACUUUCUCAUCCAGAUGAAGACGGCAUGCCCACUGAAGAACUGUAUUCAGCCUCACGUGAACGCUUCUUUGUGAGCAGUCAAGUGACUCUCAACUCUCAUCUCAUGGAGUUUAAAGAUCACGAACUGGUUAAGACCAAGAGAAACUCCGAUGGACAAGAGUGUUUGAACAUACCUCUGUCUCCGGAUGCACUGAAACAGCUCUUGCUUGAUCUCAGUCAGUAACCUCACUUGUAUCAAAUUCUAUGGUAUGAUUCAACUUUGUUGCUUGAACAAUAUCUUAUCUUAUAGUCUUAAGUGAGUAUAAUGGGUUACAUAUUGGAUUGAAAGUUAUAAUCAGCACUCAAAACACAUACUUAGUGUCGUCUACUGGUACAAGAUUGCAAUGUAGUGAAUAAUCUCAUUUAAACAGUGAAAAAACGUCUAUAUAUAUCAAAUGGCCAACAACAAUGAGGUACGAUGACAACUCCUAUAAGCUUUCUACAAACGAGAACACUGUAACAGAAUGUCUCUCUUUUUUUUAUGUCAACAUAAGAUCAUUUCCUCCAAGAUGUGGACGCAGACACACCCUCACCUCAUGUUCUUCCGGACCAGCUCUUAGUUUCGGGACAAGUAUCUCAAGAACCGAACCUGGUCCAUCGUAAUACGCUUCAAUAUUUGCAUCUUCAGGGAUACGAGUUGAUAACGGGACCUCUCUUACAAACUCUCCUGGUGGGCAAUGCUCGGAGUUUGGAUCAGUCAACUUGAAUGUCCUGUCAUGUCUCUUGAUGAAAGGUACACGCGACGUGCUGACACAUGAGACUUUUAUGAUACCGUGUGUGAGAGUGUUCCUCCACGAGACUUUCACGCUGUUCAAAUCCACAAAAGGAAGUGUUAUUAUAAUCAAGUAACCUUCUUCAUCCUCGUAUAUGGUCUUUGCAGCAGUAACAGGUCCGUGAACGUUUUUCAUGGCUCCGGUAAACUCAUUAGACCAGUUUGGUAGCUCAUUCUGGUGAACUUCUAUAGCAGGAGGGUUCACGGUUAAGCAACACUCUUCCUCAUGGAUACCAUUUGAGAACAUGUCCUUCCUCUUCUUGUGACUAGAGGGAGAUAGAUCCGUCCCUUCACCAUUGGAUGGUUGAGUUGAGAGAUUGAGUCCAGAGCCAUUGAGUAACUUCUUAGAAGUAUUCUUCAACGUAGGUGGAUGCCUCUCAAGCUCAAACUCAGUGUUGGGAAGAUUCCUCCACGAACCAAAGUCACUAGCCUCAGGUGGAAUCGUGAAAUUCAAAUCCCUACCCGUAAGCUCCAUCCACCUCUUCCUCUCUUCCUCAUCAAGACAAGUCAAGUUCGGUGAAGGCACAAGCUCAAUCCCAUGAACACAUUGCGGAUUCGACAAGCCUCUGUAAUGCUUCCUCUGCAUCCUAUGAGACCUCACAAACCCUUUCUCAACACUAAACGGAAACAAACGAUCCCCUUGCCUCGAAUGCCCAUUCAUGUAACUUCUCAACUGCAUCUUCCCAAGAGCAUUCUCAGGCCUCUCUUUAAAAACCCACAUGUACAUAUUCUCCAUAUCAUGCUGAACCAAAAACACAUCAAGCUUCAGAUCCGUCUUGUCGAAACCAGACAACCCGUUGCUGUCACGAACAAUCUUAGCCUUCGACUUGUCGUUCAAAGCAGGCUUGAAGUAGAAACUGAAGAAGAACCAAGCUCCCCAGACACUGUCCACACGCUUAGCGCAUUUCCGACCAACUUUGGGGACAACGCUCAUGUAAUUCUCGGUUUCAUAAGCUUGUGACCCUAACCCAACAUCAAGAAUGUCGCAAGAAUCGAGAUUCCAUGGCUGUGGAGGUGGGCUACGCUCGGCGGAGAGAGGGAGGUUGAUGUCAGGAGGGCCGGUGAGGAGAGAUUGACGGUUGUUGUUCAUCUCCAAAUCAAGCUCCUCGUGGGAAGAAGCACUUGAAUCCAUUGAUAAGAGAGUUGAAGGGUGAUGAUUCUCCAUGGAUAAAACGUUAAUCCAAGUAUCUACCAUUGAUACUCAUCUCCAAUAAAAAAGAAGCUUCCUUUCUCACAAAAAGGUAUGAACUUGAAACUCCUAACAGUGAAUUAAUUACAGAAAGUUUGAUACUUUGAACAGAUUAAACCGAAAAGACAGAAACUUUGAAGAAGGAAGUUAGAUCGGAUUAAGUCUUUGUGUAGUAGAUAAGGACACGGGAGAGAUAAAAGAGAGAAAAGAAAAGAAAAGUAAACCAGUUGUGAGGAAGAUAAGAAGAGAUGAAGCUAAGAGGGUAUCGUCAUCAUCAUUACUCUUUUGUGUAUUGACCCAACAGAACAACAAAUCUUAGUUUUCUUCUUCUUCCUUUUCUUUUUUUUUGUUCUUUGUAGAGAGAGAAAGAGAGAUACGGCCCUGAGUAAAC